CUCGUCCUGGAGCACAAACAUACAGUAGUGAAUUAUGCAUACAAACUUUAACAAGGUCACAGGACAAUGCAAAGUCAACAAUUCAACAACGCCCAGGAACUCCUUUUUCUAGCAAACACUGCACAAAACUGGCAGCUAAACACCUGUAUCUAAGCUACAUCAGGCGCUGCAUUUAGCAAGCUAGGACUGGCUUUUCGCUAGAACGAUCGAAGCGAAGAGUUCGCUGUAAAUUUGCAUCCAGAGGGCAUUUUGCUAACCUUGAAGAGUGAGAUUACGCCAGAGCAGACUGUGUGGUCCUCGAUCUUUAGCGUCGUGCAGACGUCCACGGAGAUCUUUGCGAUCUCGUCCCGCAUGAAUCCGUGGUCGUAGAGUUCUCGGACGACUUCGAAGAACGCUUUGCACGCAUCGCAAGUGAAGCCCGAGGCGAGAGAGGAGGGGGACGAGGAAGAGGAGGAAAUAGAUGGGGUAAGGGAGAGAGAGUUCUUGAGACGGUCCUUGAAGAACGUAGCGGUGUUCGGUUGACUCCAGCGGCCUGCCACGUGCAGUGGCGAUCCUCCGGCGGACCGGGGAGCCGACGAGAACAGAAGAAGCACAGCGGUCAGCAACAACGGUAGCCACACCUUCGCCAUGUACACUCUACCACAAAACUAAUGCUAAACCUACCAAAACCGUCUGUUUUCUUGGUGUUUUUGUUGAUAUGAUCACGCGAUUUCGGCGACACACCCUCAGCUUAUUAAUUAUAGCUAGCGCGUGUGGUUUAACCAACGGCGACACACACCCACCCAACGCCCCCUGGCCACGCCCAAUGUGGCUACUCUACAAGCUCCGAAGCUCGAAUCGAACGAGCCUUGCUUUCGUGGCUCUGCUGGCUGUCUGGUUGUCGCUGCAAGCUUCCACGAGCCUCCAGUCACUGCCGUCGGCUUCUUCGGAGGGCCACCGCGACCACUGCACCCAACAAGGGACCGAAUACUGCGACGCAUACCCCAUGGACAAGGAACCUAUUCAGGAUACAUCAGCAGAUGUUGAUAUGGAGUCACAGACAGAGUCACAAGAUGAGAGAAUGGACACUGGUGAAGGUCCAGUGAAAGAUGGCGGGAAGCAAAACCAGGAGAAAGAAGGGGAUGAGAAAGUGGGAGGGGAAGAGGAGAGAGGGGGAGAGAAGGACGAGGGCGGAAAAGGAGAUGGAAAGGAGAAAGAGGAGAGGGUAGGGAGGAGGUAGAAGAAAACCAAGUGAAAGAUGGAGGAGGAGGAGGAGGAGGAGGGGAGGGAGUGAGUGGAGUUGAGGGAGAGCAAGGGAAAGACGGAGGAGGUGAAGGA